AAACCAGUCACGCCAGAUCACCUUAUUUCCCGCCUCUCAGGGUUCCCGGCGGAGAAGAAACCCGCCCAAACGCCCCGAGAAAUGGCGCCGCCAAUCGCCGCCGCCGCCUCCGCUUCCGACGGCGGCAUCGAGGAGAAUGCGAUGGCUAUCCUCGACACCUUCGGCGUAAAGGACUCCCGCGACCUCCACGACGACCGAGCCGCCUUUCUGGAGGCCGUGCGCUCCGGUUGCCUCUCCGGCGACAAACCCUCGUCCCCGUCUUGGAGAAUGUACAAUGCUGUAUUUCAGAUUCUUCAAAGCAGCAGCUCUCUGGAGCUUACCAUCGCAAGUUUCCAUCUAUUAAUGGAGCUGGGCAAGCAAUAUCCAAGAGUAUAUUUGACAAAUUCUGGUCCUCACCAAGCGGUAGUUAUAGAUAAAGAGUCAUGGUCACCAUUCCUCCUUGGCAACAAUGCUCUUUAUGGUGAGAUUGGGGGAAACACCAGUCGCUUAGAUCACCUCUUUGAUUCUUCGAGAUUUUUGUUGUUGGUGGAGGACAUGGUUGAAGCAGCUAAUGGUAAAGAUACUAAUAAUGGGCUCAAGCAUGUAGAGAACAUGGUGAUGUUCAAAUAUCUCGUUAGCACACUUGAGGCUGAUUUUUUACCUCGUCAAAUUGCAUAUAAAGAGUCAUUAGAUUGGUCGAUUUUGAGGGAAUCUCUUCUGAAUGUGCUUCUGGUUUUACUGGUGAAUGGCUGCUGUCAUGUGAAAGCUUCGCGAAAGCUGGUAUUCAAAACUCUAGUCAUGAAGUGCAUAUCCUUUCUAAACCAAUGUCACCGGGAAGUUGAAGAUAACCUUUCUUCUAAAGAAGAUUAUCCUAAAUCAGCAUCUGAUCUAGAUUCUUCCUUGGCCUUUUCAUCGCUUGUUCUUGAAAGAGAAGUGCUUUUAUCUGUUCAAAAACUUUUCAUCAUGGUUAUAAACCUUGACUUGAUUAGGAAAGAAGCAGACAAACUGGGCCGGACUUCCAGAUCUGAUGGAUUCAGGAAUCCUAUCUUGGAAGUUGUUUUAGAUGAGCUAUCAUACAACACAACGAACUUAUCUUCAGUUCUAUUGGCCUUCGUGGAAUGGAAGUCGAAGUUGGAGAUUAUUUUGCUGUAUUUCUCAAGAUAUUAUGUUAAGCCUGCAGUCCGUACUCGGAGGUCAGAUAAUUCACAACAAGAUUUGACAGUGGAAAGUGUUCUGAGUUUAUUUUCAGCAGCCACAAGCGCAAAAGCCAUUGUGAAGAACAUGCAUCCAGACAAUGCUCAACUUUUCUUAGCACAUACAUACCAGGUCUGCCUGUCUAUUCAAGGUGAUUCUAGCAAAAAUACUGAUGCAACACAAAUGAUUGGAGCGACUCUCCUCCAGAUAUCUUGCAAGUUUGUGUCCGCAUUUCAGAAUCUUAGAAAAAUGAACCCGAAUAUAGAGAUUUCUCCAUUUGAGAAAGAAGCUUUGUUUACUGCUGCAACACUGACUAGGAAACUGCAGAACGAAUAAAGAAAGAUAAGGGCCUUUGGAAGUGAAACAUGCGAUCAAAUUGUAAGAUAGUUAAUUUAGGAUCUUUUGGCGUUUGCAGUCUCAUCUAUCGUACCGAAGCAAGUAUCUUGCCUCUGCAAAUUUCCGUUAUUAUCCCCUCGAAUUGAAGCAUCUGCGUGGCAUGUCUUCGGGGCGGAUUUUACUCCCCGACCGAUAUCAAAUGCAUAGAAGUUUCUGAAUGGCUGAUUAUUAAGUCUUUUGCACACAGUUCUUCGAGGAUCCACGCCCUAAUAGGCGAGUGUAGACACACUUUUCUUUUUUGGAUGCAGGAAUGUGAAACUUGGGUUGCAGCUA